UCGCCUCUCCAGUCAAAACUCAGAUCAACCCCUCUACCGAAGCUAAACUCUAGCUUUACCCAAGAAAGAACGACUGUGACCGGAGCGGCAGAGAAACGCCACGAGGCAAACGAGAUCAACUUGAUCAGAAGAGGUUUCUCAAGCUCUAAACUCGAAGUCUAAAGGAAGACUUUCUCAAGACGACCUAAGGAAAAAACUAGAUCCUAUUUCUACAAGGAAGAAAAGAUGUCUGCUGGAAUGAAGAAAAUGAUUUUGCUGCCUUUCCUGUGCAUCAUGCUCUCAUACCUGGCUGCAGGUCAGGAGUGCAGUGGCCAGUGUUCGUGCCCCUCCGCUCCCCCUCAGUGCCCCCCAGGAGUGAGCCUGGUGCUGGACGGCUGCGGCUGCUGCAGGGUGUGCGCCAAACAGAUGGGGGAGCUGUGCACUGAGAAAGACGUCUGUGACCCACACAAGGGCCUCGACUGCGACUUCGGAGCCCCCAUCAACAGGCGCAUAGGAGUCUGCACAGCUCGAGAGGGAGCCACCUGUGUGUUCGGAGGAAUGGUGUACAAGAGCGGGGAGACUUUCCAGAGCAGCUGCAAGUACCAGUGUACCUGCCUGGAUGGAGCUGUGGGCUGUGUGCCUCUUUGCUCCAUGGACAUCCGACUGCCCAGCCCCGACUGCCCCAUGCCCAGACGGGUCAAGGUGCCAGGGAAGUGCUGCGAGGAGUGGGAGUGUGAUUCUCCCUACAGACACAGUUUCAUGGGCUCCGUUCUGCCUGCCUACAGAGAGGAGGAGACCUAUGGCCCCGAUCCCUCCAUGAUGAGGGAGAACUGCCUGGUUCAGACUACUGAAUGGAGCGCCUGCUCUAAGACCUGUGGCCUUGGUAUCUCCACCAGGGUCACCAAUGACAACCGCGAAUGCCGCCUCGAGAAACAGACCCGAUUGUGCAUGGUGCGACCCUGCGAGUCACAGCUGGAGCAGAGCAUCAGGAAAGGGAAAAAAUGCAUCCGCACUCCCCGACUCUCCAAGCCCAUGAAGUUUGAGAUCUCCGGCUGCACCACCACCAAGUCCUACAGGCCAAAGUUCUGCGGCGUCUGCCUGGACGGCCGCUGCUGCACCCCCCACAGGACCACCACCCUGCCCAUGGAGUUCAAAUGCCCCGACGGACAGGUCAUGAAGAAGCACAUGAUGUUCAUCAAGUCCUGCGCCUGCCACUACAACUGCCCGGGGGAGAACGACAUCUUCGAGUCCAUGUAUUACAAGAAGAUGAUGGGAGACAUGGCGUGAGCCACUGAGGGACGACAAGAGCUUAUGACUUGAAAAAGGAAAACAAAGAAAAAAAAGCAGAACUCCAUCUCAUUUUGCAGCUCAGUGUAUAUGUUGUUUUCAUGUUUUAUUUUCUCAUUGUAAAAGUAGUCCAGACACUUGUCUAAGUGCCUGCGUGUAUUGUACGGCUGGUGCAUAUCGGCCACAUAGACUCAGACAGAGGGCUGCGUAGCAGCUCCGAGAGAUUCCUGCACUAUAACUUCUACUUUUGACAAAACCUGCUGUCAGGUAUCCGCCCAUUCCUAUUGAAAUAUUUUUAACAAACCCACCCAUUUUACAGUACGCAUUUUCAUACCUUAUCUAGACCUUGACCCCCUCUAAAGAAAUUGGGGUGUCUAAUAACCCCCCACGCCCCCUCAGCCCAGACCAGACCUGUAAACUCUAAGCAGCUGUAGAGGGAGCACGCAGACCACAGCAGGCCAGUGUUCCCCUGUCCAAACAGGUCUGAAUGUGUCCCUGUGUGAGUGUGUGCGAGUGCAUGUGUGUGUGUGUGUGUGUGUGUGUGUGUGUAAGGGCAGGUCUGAAUGUCAGCCUUGUCCAUGAAGACGCUGUGCCACUCUCCCCUCACAGAGUAGAGGAAAGGUCAGAGUUUCCGCCCAGCAUGUGGAUGAGAAAGCGAGCAACGUGCUGAGUUUAGGGUUAGAUAUAGAGACACAGUGGGCUUUGCCACAGCACUGAGGAAAGAAAAAAAAAAAAAACACAUGUUGACUUGUACUUUAAAAAAAAAAGACAUGACUAUUACUGAUUCAGGUCAGAUGGAAGAAACGAAGUGUUUAUAGAAACAAAGUGUCUAUUUUGUACAAAAAAAUAGGAGAAAAGACUGGAAGAAUAGUGAUUUCAUUCCUUUUUUAUUGUUGAUUGUGUAAAUGUUGUAUAUAUUUGUACAGUUUAAGUUAAUUUAAAAGCCAAAUUUGUUCUGUGCUUCGCAGUGUAUCGAUAGUGUAUUUUUUGGUCGACAGUAUUUUUAUUGAGAAGUGUGACAACAAUGUUACAUGUUUUACUUUGUAGCUGGAAAUAAAAUGUUAUAUUUUUUAUACA